AUGAAGCAAUUUACCCCCAUUGCGGCUCUGGCUGCCCUGAUUCCUCUGGUCCACGGCCACGGCUUUGUCACCAGCCCGACGGCUCGUAUGCCCGGCGACGCCAUGAAGGCUGCUUGCGGCGAACAGGUCGAGGUCAACCAGGAGUCCGACAACUACGGCAACAUCCAAGGCGAGCUGCAGGUGGCCGCCAGCCAGAGCGACUACAAGGCUGCGGCCUGCGACAUCUGGCUGUGCAAGGGCUACAAGUUCGCCGACAACAAGGACAAUGUGUACUCGUACACCGCGGGCGAGAAGGUCGAUUUCACAGUGGACAUCCGCGCGCCGCACACCGGCAUCGCCAAUGUCUCCGUCGUCGACACGGCCUCCAACUCGGUCAUCGGCAGCCCGCUGAUCUACUGGUCCGUCUACGCCUCAACUGCUACCGGUGUCACCGCGAACGAGACUAGCUUCAGCGUGACCAUCCCCGAUGAUCUCGGCUCCAAAUGUGCCACUGCUGGUGACUGUGUGCUGCAAUGGUACUGGUAUGCCCAGUCCAUUGACCAGACCUACGAGUCCUGCAUUGAUUUCACCCUCGGCAGCUCGAGUUCUGGUUCUAGCUCCAGUUCCAGCUCGACCAUUUCGACCAUUUCGACCAGCUCGACCAGCUCGACCAGCUCUAUCUCAACUGCUGCGGUUACCUCCUCUUCCGUCCCAGCAGAGACCUCGACCAGCGCGACACCCGUCGAGGAGACGACUGCCACCGCCGAAACAACUGACCCCGUCGUUGUCGAGAAUACCUCGGCCGCUGUCGCUGCUAUUGAGACCACUCCCGUCCCCACGACUGCUGUCGUAGCUACCACUACCUUUGCCACCAAGGCCCGUCCAUCUGCAGAGCCGUCGGCCAAGCCCAGCACUACUGUGUCCACUGCCAGCGGUGUUGCAUCUAGCGCGGCCAUCCCGACUAACGGUAGCGCCCAGGACAUGCUGACAUAUGUGUCUUCUCUGCUCAAGUACCUGGUCGGCAACAACUAG